AAUUUCCGUCUCAGUCCACCACCCUCGUCUCUCUCUCUCUCUCUCUCUUUCAUUUCUGGAGCUGAUCAGCAGUGGUGGUGGUCUUAGAUCCGGAAGGAUCUGGUGUAGCCGAGGAGCGAGUCUCGCCGGGAGGGCACUGGAUCUGAGCGGCCAUGGCUUUGUCCGGCAUGCGAGGCCUCUCUGUUUUCAUCAGCGACAUUCGCAAUUGCCCCAACAAAGAGCAGGAGCGCCUUCGCGUCGAUAAGGAGCUCGGCAAUGUUCGCACUCGCUUCAAGAACGAAAAGGGUUUGACUCCGUAUGAGAAGAAGAAGUAUGUCUGGAAAAUGCUUUACAUUUUUAUGUUGGGAUAUGAUGUGGAUUUUGGUCACAUGGAAGCUGUGUCGCUUAUAUCUGCACCUAAAUAUCCAGAGAAGCAGGUUGGAUACAUUGUGACAUCAUGUCUACUCAAUGAAAACCACGAUUUUCUGAGAUUAGCGAUAAAUACUGUGCGGAAUGAUAUUAUUGGUCGUAAUGAAACUUUUCAAUGUUUGGCAUUGACCAUGGUUGGGAAUAUUGGAGGCAGGGAAUUUGCAGAGUCAUUAGCAUCUGAUGUUCAAAAGUUGCUUAUUUCCAGCAGUUACAGACCUCUCGUGAGAAAAAAGGCUGCACUAUGUCUUUUGCGCUUGUACAGGAAAAAUCCUGAUGUUGUCAAUAUAGAUGGCUGGGCCGACCGCAUGGCACAACUUCUAGAUGAACGUGAUCUUGGUGUUUUGACAUCAUCGAUGAGCCUUCUUGUCGCGCUUGUAUCAAAUCACCAUGAUGCUUACUGGAGUUGUCUUCCAAAAUGUGUUAAAAUACUAGAACGGCUUGCUAGGAAUCAGGAUAUUCCACAAGAGUACACCUACUAUGGCAUCCCAUCACCCUGGCUCCAGGUCAAGACAAUGAGGGUUCUCCAGUAUUUUCCUACCGUUGAAGACCCAAAUACUAGAAGAUCAUUGUUUGAGGUCUUACAGCGUAUAUUAAUGGGUACGGAUGUUGUGAAAAACGUUAAUAAGAACAAUGCAUCGCACGCCGUUCUUUUUGAAGCCCUUGCACUUGUCAUGCAUCUUGAUGCUGAGAAAGAGAUGAUGUCCCAAUGUGUUGCACUGCUGGGAAAAUUUAUUGCUGUGCGAGAACCAAAUAUUCGAUAUCUGGGUUUGGAAAAUAUGACCCGCAUGCUAAUGGUAACGGAUGUGCAAGAUAUUAUCAAGAGACAUCAAGCUCAGAUCAUCACCUCAUUGAAGGAUCCAGAUGUCAGUAUCCGUAGGCGAGCUCUUGACCUGCUAUAUGGCAUGUGUGACGUUUCAAAUGCAAAAGACAUAGUAGAAGAAUUACUACAGUAUCUCAGUACGGCAGACUUCACAAUGCGUGAAGAAUUGUCACUUAAGGCUGCCAUUCUUGCAGAAAAAUUUGCUCCUGAUCUAUCAUGGUAUGUAGAUGUGAUUCUUCAAUUGAUUGAUAAGGCAGGAGAUUUUGUUAGUGAUGAUAUAUGGUUCCGUGUUGUGCAAUUCGUUACGAAUAAUGAAGACUUACAGCCUUAUGCUGCAGCAAAAGCCAGAGAGUAUCUCGACAAACCUGCUAUACAUGAGACAAUGGUUAAGGUCAGUGCAUAUAUCAUUGGAGAAUUUGGCCACCUUUUGGCCAGACGGCCUGGUUGUAGUCCAAAGGAGUUAUUUGCUGUCAUACAUGAGAAGCUUCCUACUGUAUCCACUUCGACAAUACCUAUACUUCUUUCGACAUACGCUAAGAUCUUUAUGCACACUCAACCUCCAGACCAAGAAUUACAGAAUCAGAUUUGGGCAAUAUUCUACAAGUAUGAGAGUUGCAUCGAUGUCGAGAUACAACAACGAGCUGCUGAAUACCUUGCCUUAAGUAGGAGAGGUGAAGCUCUUGUUGAUAUAUUGGCUGAAAUGCCCAAGUUUCCUGAGCGGCAGUCUGCAUUGAUAAAAAAGGCUGAGGAUGUUGAAAUUGAUACCGCAGAACAAAGUGCUAUCAAAUUGCGGGCCCAGCAGCAAACAUCAAAUGCUUUGGUUGUGACUGACCAACGUCCUGCUAAUGGUAUCCCGCCUGCCGACCACCAGCUUGGUCUGGUGAAGAUACCCACCACAGGCAGUAACGUGGAUCACAAUCCGACCGAUCAAGGAUUGUCCCAAGAAAAUGGCAGUUUGAGUAAAGUUGACCCUCAGACUCCUUCACCGGAUCUCCUUGGUGACCUCUUGGGUCCCCUGGCUAUCGAAGGUCCCCCUGGUCCUGCUGUUCAGUCGCAUCAGAAUGUAAUCCCUGGAUCUGUUGGUGAUCCCACUUCAGCGGAUGCUACAGCCAUAGUGCCGGUUGGCGAAGAGCCAAAUUCUGUUCAGCCUAUAGGAAAUAUAGCUGAAAGAUUUCUUGCCUUGUGCUUGAAAGAUAGUGGUGUUCUGUAUGAAGAUCCUAAUAUUCAGAUUGGAAUUAAAGCAGAGUGGCGAUUACAUCAAGGGUGUCUAGUUCUUUUCUUGGGAAACAAAAAUACUUCACCACUUGUAUCAGUUCAGGCUGUAAUAUUGCCUCCCGCCCACUUCAACAUGGAGCUUUCGCUAGUACCAGAGACUAUUCCUCCUAGGGCACAGGUACAGUGCCCUCUUGAAAUUGUGAAUCUGCGGCCAAGUAGGGAUGUAGCAGUUCUUGACUUCUCGUACAAGUUUGGUCACAAUAUGGUCAAUGUCAAGCUUCGUCUCCCAGCUGUCUUGAAUAAAUUUCUUCAACCUAUACCAGUGUCUGCUGAAGAGUUCUUUCGUCAGUGGAGAUUACUCUCAGGGCCACCUUUGAAGCUUCAAGAAGUGGUUAGAGGUGUCAAACCACUGCCACUUGCAGAAAUGGCAAGUCUAAUAAACAGCUUCCGGAUGAUGGUUUGUCCAGGACUUGACCCUAAUCCAAAUAAUCUUGUUGCAAGCACAACCUUUUACUCGGAAAGUACACGGGCAAUGCUUUGCUUGGCUAGAAUAGAAACAGAUCCAGCAGACAGAACCCAGUUGCGUAUGACGGUUGCUUCAGGGGAUCCUUCGUUAACAUUUGAGUUGAAGGAGUUCAUCAAGGAACAAAUAGUUAGUAUUCCUGUAGCCCCUCGUGCACCUGGACCAGUGCCACCAGCACCUCCAGUAGUUCAACCGACCAGUCCAGCUGCAGCAUUAACAGAUCCUGGUGCUCUGCUUGCAGGUCUAUUGUGAAAAGUCAAGAUGAUUUAUGGGUGAGGAAUUUGUUCAUUAUACACGUAAACCUGAUUUAUACAACCUUUGAUGGGUCUCGCGCAAGUCAAAAAUGUGGAUAUAAAAAAUCCUGAUGCAUGGGCUGUCGGAAUCAAGGACAAGCUAACUUGUGUGGACGGCUUGGUGUGGUGGAUCUGCACGGGUUGAUUGAGGUUUUCAGAUUCUUUCUGUACAAUUUGUGCCUAUGUGAGAUAUUUCUCUCGGUUUUGGGGUGAGGGUUUUUCUUUUCUUUAUUCUUACACAUUUUUCCCUAACCAAUUUCAGUGGGUUGGUUUCUGUUGUACGGUAUUUGAAAAGAGAAUGAAAGAUAUUGCAUGAAGAUCAAGUAGGCUAAUUGUAAUAGUUGUACUCGUCUGUUAAUGAAUAGUUUUUUUUUUCAAUAAGAGAAAUUGUGGAGUGAAUGUUGUGAGUUUUACUGUUUUAUCA